AUGCGUCCUCAAUGUGGCAGCUGCGUUGCUGGGGGUCAGAGCACCCUCUUCCAGAGCCCCGACGAGGGCUGGCAGGUUUACACCUCGGCGCAAGCCCCCGACGGCAAAUGCCUCUGCACGGCCGUCAUCCCCGUCCAGGGCACGUGCUCCCGCGACCUGCGCAGCCACCAGCUCCGUCAGCUCAUGGAGAAGGUGCAGAACAUCUCCCAGUCGAUGGAGGUGCUGGACCUCCGGACCUACCGGGACCUCCAGUACGUGCGCAACACCGAGUCCCUGAUGAAGGGCUUGGACUCCAGGCUGAAGGUGGCUGCUGAAAGCCAGAAAAGCCUCAACGCCAAGAGCUUCCAGGAGCUCAAGGACAAGAUGACGGAGCUGCUGCCUCUGAUGCCCGUCCUGGAUCAGUACAAGUCGGACACGAGGCUGAUCGUGCACCUGAAGGAGGAGGUGAGGAACCUCUCUGGGAGCUUGCUGGCCAUCCAGGAGGAGAUGGGUGCCUACGACUACGAGGAACUGCAGCAGCGGGUGCUGAUGCUGGAGGCACGGCUGCACGCCUGCAUGCAAAAACUGGGUUGUGGGAAGCUGACGGGCGUCAGCAAUCCCAUCACCAUCCGAGCAUCGGGAUCCCGCUUCGGGUCGUGGAUGACCGACACGAUGACACCCAGCGCUGACAGCCGGGUGUGGUACAUGGACGGUUACUACAAGGGCCGCCGCGUCUUGGAGUUUCGGACCUUGAACGACUUCGUGACGGGACAGAACUUCGUGCAGCAUCUCCUGCCGCAUCCCUGGGCCGGCACCGGCCACGUGGUCUUCAACGGGUCCCUCUACUACAACAAAUACCAGAGUAACAUCGCGGUGAAGUACCACUUUCGCUCCCGCAGCGUCCUGGUGCAGCGCAGCCUCGCCGGCGCUGGCUACAACAACACCUUCCCUUACUCUUGGGGUGGUUUCUCCGACAUCGACUUCAUGGUGGACGAGAGCGGGCUGUGGGCUGUCUACACCACCAACCAAAACGCCGGCAACAUCGUGGUGAGCCGGGUGGACCCCCAGACGCUGGAAGUCCUGCAUAGCUGGGACACGGGUUACCCCAAACGAAGCGCCGGAGAGUCCUUCAUGAUCUGCGGCACGCUCUACGUCACCAACUCCCACCUUGCCGGCGCCAAGAUCUAUUUUGCCUACUACACAAACACUUCCAGCUACGAAUACACGGAUAUUCCCUUCCACAACCAGUAUUCCCACAUAUCCAUGCUGGACUACAACCCGCGGGAGAGGGUGCUCUACACCUGGAACAACGGCCACCAGGUCAUCUACAACGUCACGCUCUUCCACGUCAUAAAGACGUCGGGCGAACUGUGA